UUAUUAGUUGCAAUAUUUUACUUACUGGGGAAGAUAAAACAGGUUGAGCAAAUCACUUAUCAGAGGGAGAAAGAUGUAGUUGAUCAAGAACAGGUGCUUGACCUAAACCAAACGCUAACGGCAAACCUUGCCUUGCAACCCGAAAACACCGUCUGCUAUGAUGAUCUGGGCUGCAUCACCCGUUUCUCUUUUUCUGACCCGUUGCCAUGGCCGAUUAAUUUAUUGCCAGAGGCAAGAGAAAAGAUCGAUACUCAUUUCACACUCUACACAAGAGAAGUCCCCAAUCCACAGCCUCCAAUUCGAAUAUCAGCUGAUGACCCAAAUACGAUUUCUGCAACGACCUUCAAAGCGACUCGUCUCACAAAAUUCGUCGUCCAUGGCUGGCUUAGUACUGGCUAUGACGACAUCACUCAGGAAUUUUUGCAAAGCCUGUUGAACAAGGGGGAUUUCAAUGUGAUUUGCAUUCAUUGGGGUGGAGGUUCGUCUACUUCUUAUUUCCAAGCGCAUGCCAACACUCGCCUAGUCGGUCUGGAAAUUGCUCUACUUGUCAACACAAUGGUGGAGAAACUUAAAGUCAAGGCCACCGACGUUCAUUUGAUUGGCCACAGUCUAGGUGCACAUACUUCAGGCUACGCCGGAGAAAAGAUUCCUAAUUUGGGGCAGAUCACAGGUCUGGAUCCUGCCGGACCAUAUUUCCGUAGAAUGCCCUCGUUUGCUCGUUUAGAUUACACCGAUGCUCAAUUUGUUGAUGGCGUCCACACUGACGGUGGUUUCAUAGGUAUUUACGAACCUGUGGGUCACUUAGAUUUCUAUCCUAACGGCGGUAGAAACCAGCCCGGAUGUCCAACUUCCGAGUGGUCAUAUUUUUGUCAUCCUUUUUCAAUUCUAUCAGAUAUCACUGCAUGCGAUCCCUUGCGUGCAGUUCAUUACUACAGCUCAUCAUUGAAGGACACCUGUCAAACUGUUGGAUACGAAUGCUCUGAUUAUGAAUCCUACAAUAACGGCGAAUGUACAUCAUGCGGAUCAGACAAUACCAGGUGUGCCCCAUUUGGACUGGAUGCUAUUAAGUAUCCAUCGCGAGCCAGGGUUAAUGUCAAACUUUAUUUUAACACUGGCCAAGUUAUGCCGUAUUGCAAAUUCCAGUACAUCGUUUCUGUUAAAUUGGCUAAACCUCUUGUUGCCAAACCCACUGUUAAAGGCUUACUCCGAUUGUCUGUAAUCGGAGAAACAGACUACAUCCCAAAUUUUUCGUUGCCGAUGUCGGUUUUGGAGCAUGGCAAAGAUCACCGGAUUCUGAUGAGUUCCCCAUCUAGCCUGGGCCCAAUCAAAAAAGUAUUUCUUCACUGGAUAUACAUCCAUUUCGAUUUGCUAGAUCCCAGUUGCUUUUUUGGGAUCUGCAACAAAAGACUUUACGUCAAAAGCGUCACCGUAUCCUUGCUCAACAGUUAUCCGGAAUCGAACAAAAUCGCCAACACUUAUGUGAAUUGUCCACGUUAUUCACCUGCAGCCAUCCCCACUUUGCAAAGCAUGGAAUUUAGUACUGAAAACAGUUGCUCUUCAACUUCUCAGCUUCUAAACGUUAUCUGGAAUGCUGAACCUUGGAUUUUUUCCUAACGCUAGAAUUUUCAGGCGAGUUAAAACAAAUAAUUAAAAAUUUAAACAUAUUACCUUCAAGCUGAAAAGGCGUUACUGAAACGCAGUGUGAAAAUAAUAGAAUGUUUUUUAUUACAACAAAACAGAAUAAUCUUUUUAUUUAG